AUGUCUGAUAUUCCAAGGAGCAACGAGGACUGGGCCGCCCAGAUCUCAACGAUCAAGGACUUGCUCCCGGAGACUUUCACCGUGCAUCAGACCCCCGUUCCUUCGGCCAUUAGCCAAACCAUUGAUCACACUCAAUUGGCGCUGGCCGCGACCGAGCAGCAAAUCGACCAGCUUUGUGACGAAGCGGCGAAGCACCGGUUUGCGACGGUCUGCGUGCGUUUGAACUACGUUGCCCGAGCUGUCCAGAAGCUCCAGGCGUCGCCCGACGUGGGCGUGGCCUGCGUGGUGGGGUUCCAUGAGGGCAUGUACGAGACCUCGGAGAAGGAGCAGGAGGCCCGGGAGGCCGUGAAGCUGGGGGCCUCGGAGCUGGAUAUGGUGCUGAAGUAUCCUCUGCUGAAGGAAGGCAAGUACGCGGAGGUCUACGCGGAUAUCCUGGGGGUGCGCAAGGCGGCCCCGGCGCCGACGACGCUGAAGGUGAUCCUGGAAACGGCGCAGCUGACGCGCGACGAGAUCAUUGCGGGGUCCGUUCUCGCAUGUACGGCCGGGGCGGAUUUCAUCAAAACCAGCACCGGAUUCAACGGAGCCGGAGCCAACGUUGACAACGUGGCGCUCAUGCGGGCCACGGCGGACUUGGUGGGCAAGGGAUGCAAGGUCAAGGCUAGUGGAGGGGUGCGGUCGACCGAGGACUGCGUGCGGAUGCUGAAGGCGGGCGCCGAGCGCAUUGGGAGCAGUUCGGGGGUGAAGAUCAUGCAGGAGUUGGGCGGGGAGACGGUGAAGCGCAAGACCUUCCACGAACAACAUCCGCCCGGGCAAGAUGGCUCUGCGCAGGGUGAUGUCUUCACCGAGAAGCCCUCGGCCGUCUUCGAGCCCACUGGCGGCCGCUCUCAUACGCUGAGCGUUGCGAUUCCCGGCAGUAUUGUGGCCAACGCGAAAUCCAUUGAACAGAAGACCCUCCUCGCGGGCAUCAUCGCACGUGCCCUCGCGGUCUUCUGCGUCGAUGAAGUCGUCAUCUUCGAUGACGACGAGAACAGCGCCCAGCAUGACUACUACGAGCAGAGCGACGACUACUACGACUCUCCUAUCGCGAAGACUAACGACCAGCUCAAUGGCAAUGUCCAAUCCACCAAUCGCUAUACGGCCAAUUCGGACCCCUCGCAUUUCCUGGCGCAUCUCCUGUCCUAUCUAGAGACGCCGCCGUAUCUGCGCAAACACCUCUUCCCCAUGCAUCCUAACCUGCGUGGAGCCGGACUGUUGCCCAGUCUGGACAUGCCGCAUCACCUUCGUGCCAACGAGUGGUGCGAUUACCGCGAGGGUAUCGUUGUCUCGAACGCCGACCACUACAAGGCGCGCAGGGGCAGCUACUCGGACGGCGUCUCUCGCCGGCGUAGCUCAACCAGUCCCACUGGUCCUCCUGCCACGAUCGUCGACACCGGUCUUAACCAGAAAGUGGUUCUCCCGGACAUUCAACUGCCGGAACAUGCGCGGGUCACCGUGCGAUUCUCGCAGCAGGGUCCGGAGCAGUACGCCGAGUCUGUCCAUCCGUCUGCGCCCCGUUCGGAGGCGGGUUAUUACUGGGGCUACUAUGUGCGUCGGUGUCGGUCCCUGUCAUCUGUCUUCACGGAAUGUCCCUUCGAUGGUGGCUAUGAUUUGUCGUUCGGGACUUCCGAACGCGGCGCUCCCGUUCACACGGUUCUGGAAGAAGACGGCGAGGAACAUCCCCACGAACGUCACGAUCACCACGCCCGACCCCCAGACUACAACCACUUGCUUCUUGUCUUCGGUGGUGUGGCAGGGAUUGAGGCCGCUAUUCGUAACGACCCUCAACUCCGCGAUAUGGCCAUCGGCCCCACCAAUGCCGGCAAGCUGUUCGAUUAUUGGGUUAAUCUCCUUCCCGGUCAAGGGAGCCGAACCAUUCGCACCGAGGAGGCCGUCUGGCUGGGCCUGACGAGUCUCCGGGGUUUGGUGGAGGGUACUCAUCGCACUAAGAAAGCGUCCCGGUAUAACGGUUCCAAGGAGUAG